AAAAUAUGAAAAUGAGUUAUUGAUUCUAUAAUCCAGGUGUCGAGAUAGACGCAAACAUAAUGAUGAUAAUGAUGAAAAAGAGUAUAGUGUAUGCAGCAAUGCAACGCCAGAAAAACGUAAGGAUUCUUCAGUCAACGGUCAAACAUACUGAAAAUGUUGAUUCAUCACUUUUGUCCCAUUGCAACCAAUUCCAGAAAAAAGAAAAAAGAAAAGAAAAAAAAAAUCCCCAUUCAAUUCGUCAACAGGAUCUCCCCUUCCCGCCAUUUCCCAGAGUUUGGUAUUUAUAUCCACAUUCCCAUCCCUUUCGUCUAAAAUCCUUUCUUGAUUCAUUCAAUGACCAAGCUGGAGUCUCUGCGCCGAUUCCUGAUCCCUUGCAUCGGAAACUCCCGCACCUCCCCGAGCCCCCCUCCCGCCGCCAAGAAACGGCUCAGCACCUCCCUCCGCGACGAUCUCGACGAGAAGCAGCACUACCCCAGCCUGAUCCAAGCACAGCCACAAGAAGCAGAACCCCCGUCGUGCUGCUCCUCCCCGGCGACCCCGGCGGCCAAUCUGGCCCCGCCGCGGCCGUCGAGAACGAUGGUGAUCGGCACCAUCUUCGGGCACGGGAGGGGCGGGCACGUGUGGUUCUGCGUGCAGCAGGACCGCCUCACGACGAAGCCCGCCCUCCUCCUGGAGCUCUCCAUCCCGACAUCGGGCCUCAUCCAGGAGAUGCAGUGCGGCCUCGUCCGGAUGGCGCUCGAGUUCAACGCGGCCGAGUCGGACGACCCGGAGCUGGGGCGGUGUCCGCUGCGGUCGGUGCCUCUGUGGACGCUCUUCUGCAACGGGAGGAAGCUCGGCUUUGCGGUGCGCCGGAAGCCCACGCAGCAGACCAAGAUCAUGCUCAAGACCAUGCAGAACAUCACCGUCGGGGCCGGCGUCAUCCCUUGCAAAUUCCACGACGAGAAGGAGGUUAUGUACAUGCGGGCUAACUACGAGUGCGUUUUGGGGAGCGCUGAUUCAGAGUCUUUCCACUUGAUCAACCCGGAUCAGCUUCCCGGUCAAGAACUCAGUGUUUUCUUGCUACGAACAAGAUAA